AUGGCCACCACGAGCAGGACAUCGACCAUCCUCACUGUCGCCACCAUCGCAGUCGGUGGCUUAGCCGCCUAUGCCAUUUACUUCGACUACAAGCGCAGAACUGAUGGCAACUUUCGCAGAAAACUCCGGCGCUCUUUUGCAGCUUCUUACGAUGUUCAUCGAUCAGGCAAGGACAAAAAGCGCAUAGUCAAAAGCCAGGCAUCUUCGGAGACAUCUAAGACAGGUGCAGAUGAGACUGAGGCCAAUGACCUGCGGGGUGCGUUGGAGAAAGUGCGGGCCGAGGAAAUGCCAACCAACCCUGAGGAACGGGAAAAAUACUUCAUGGCUCAGGUCAGCAUUGGCGAGCAGCUAUGUGCCCAAGGCCCCGUCUACAACUUGCCCGCUGCCAUGUGCUUUUACAGGGCAUUCCGUGUAUAUCCUUCCCCUGUGGAGCUUAUUGUUAUAUAUCAAAAGACAGUCCCUGAGCCAGUCUUCAAGCUUUUCAUGGAAAUGACCAAUUUGGACGUGAAAGACCGUGUUGAAGGUUACUAUAACUUCUUCCCUCCCAAGUCAAUGAACGUCGCAGUGGAAAAUCUUGAUGUUCCUGAUGGUACCGGAAGGUUGAUGCGCAAGAAAAUACUUGUUGCAAAUAAGGAUAUUGCGGCUGGUGAAGUCAUCUACAAAGAAGGAGCUCUUGUUACUGCCCUCGAUCUCGACCUGCAAGGAAAAGGGACUCAUUGUUCCCAUUGUUUACGGGAAAUCGGAGAUGGUACGGCCCUACGGCCAGACUCAGAUCGUCUCAACUCUGUCUACUGCUCGAAUACCUGUCAGCUCGAAGCAAAACUCGAAUACCAGAGCUUGCUCUUCACUCUCGAGCCGCCUCUUCCAGUGGGUCUGACACCAGACGUGUCGGACUCAGCCCAAGAAGAUCGGGAUGCAGCGCAAAAGGCAUUCGUAGCAUACUUAAACCACUCUGCGAAGGCUAGCCCUGAACUCGUCGCCAAGUUCAUUGCACGCCAAGUUUCGAUCGAGACUUCCAAGAUGGUACCUGGUGGCCAGCCGGUUCCUACACCCGCUUUGGCCGAUGGUGGUGACUAUACGCUGUACGACCAUCUGGAGAGGCUGCGUUUCCUCGAGGUGAAGCCAGGCAAAAACGAAAUGAAGCUUCUCGGCGAGGUUUUGCAGACUGCUCUUCCUGGCCUUGAGCAGUUCGUUACCGAGGAGAGACAUGGUACAUUGCUCGGAAAAAUGGCGUACAACUCGUAUGGUGUGUUCUUCGGUAACGGUCGUGAUGACAAACCCGAACCAAAAGAACGCCCAGAGGAUGUCGAAAAAACUCGUACACCCUUGGGAACGGCACGACAAGUUGGUGCAGCCUUCUAUGCCGUCUCUUCCUACAUUUCUCAUUCCUGUGCUCCUUCUGCCCGACCUUCGUUCGACGAUGGUAACGCCGAGCUCCACCUCAUCGCCACCCGCGACCUCAAGAAAGGUGACGAAAUCACCGUCUCCUACAUUGAUGUCGCCCAACACGAGGAUGAGACGACCGUCGACGCACGCCGGCGCCGUAGGAUGGAGCUUGCCAGGGGAUGGCGAUUCGCAUGCCCUUGUACGCGUUGUGCGGAGGAGGCUGCGGAGUCUGGCCAGACCAGCGAAGAGUCUGCACCCAGGGACGAAUCCAAAGUCGAACCCACUGUUUCGAGGGCGGAGGAAAGCGACAUUCCCAAACCAUCUGUGCUCGGAACCUGUAGAAGGUCUUUCCAUGCAGCUCCAACGCUCAGGAAUGUCCGGGGUGGCCUCACGAAUAUGCUGGCGGGAGACGUACCUCCACCUGUACAGGUCAACUCAAUAACUCAAGAAGGUAUUCAACUGGCGGACGGGCUCGUCCUUUCUUCAGCAUGUAUAUUCUUGGAGGGGAAAGUAUUUCUGUGGGAAGUUCCUACGAGUCUUUGGUCAGGUUGGACUAAACAGCAUUUGGGUAUUUUUGAGGUCGUCGUCCCAAAGCCGGAAAUUCUGCUAUUUGGAACUGGUAAAAGUAUGUCGCUACCUCCUCCAGGCCUGCGGACAUACUUGAAGCAGCUUGGGAUACAGAUGGAUGUCAUGGACACACGAAAUGCAUGCUCAACAUAUAAUCUACUCGCGGAGGAAGGACGUCGAGUUGCUGCUGCUCUAUUGCCAUAUAAUCUUCGCUCAUGGCACCCACAAAAUCUUCCCAAAUAAAUCGUAACAGUGCUCCAAUUUUCAUAUGUAUCAAAGAAAAUUCAAGGCGGCUACCAAGGUACCGGUAAUGCAGAGACCAUCGACAGACAGCAGUUUACAGAUAACUAAGGGUGACAAUUUAUUUAUGUAUAUGCUGUGUCCAUUACUCUGGAGGGGCCUUGCGUUUCCCUUUGUUCACUGGCGAAGACGACAUACUAGCAUCCAAGG